GGUAUUUACGACACUUUUGUUCGGAAAACGGCAGUAUGCAGGCACACAUGUGGAGUGUGGCGUGUGUUGCUGCAUUCAGAGUCCUGACUCGAGUUUGCGUGUCGUCGCAGCGGGUUAAAGCACAUCUGCUGGUGUUUACAGCCCGCAACGCAUCUCUCUUCAGUCCAUGUACCUCUGUGCUCGCUGAGGGUUUGAUGUCAAGACGAUCUCACAGCAGGAAGAUGUCACAGUCCUUGGCGCAGCGGAUGGUCUGGGUAGAUCUGGAGAUGACAGGGCUGGAUAUAGAGAAGGACCAUAUUAUAGAGAUGGCUUGCAUCGUUACGGAUUCUGACCUGAACAUUAUUGCAGAGGGGCCGAAUCUGAUAAUCAACCAACCCGAUGAGCUGCUUGAUGGCAUGUCAGACUGGUGCAAAGAGCAUCAUGGGAAGUCAGGGUUGACUCGGGCUGUCAGGGACAGUCACAUCACUCUUCAGCAGGCGGAGUACGAAUUCCUGUCUUUCAUUCGACAGCACACGCCACCCGGACAGUGUCCUCUCGCAGGGAACUCUGUUCAUGCCGAUAAGAAGUUUCUGGAUAAAUACAUGCCGCAGUUCAUGCGACAUCUGCACUAUCGCAUCAUUGACGUGAGCACCAUUAAAGAGCUGUCCAGACGAUGGUAUCUAGAAGAGUACAACCUCGCACCGCAGAAAAAAUCAUCGCACAGAGCGCUGGAAGACAUCCAGGAGAGCAUAAAAGAACUGAAGUUUUACAGAGCGAAUGUUUUCAAAGUGAAGGAGAAGAGAAAAAUAGUCGAAAAUGGCGAUAAGACAUCUGUGAACUAAUCUCCAAGCUGAUCUGGAGUGGUUUUAGCAUCUUGUGCCGAAUUCCUAUAUUUGGAUGAAAGCCUGUGCGGACACUUGAGAGAAUGAGAGAGCAAAGCUUCAUGUUGACGUCCCCAGUGUUUGUUUCCCGUUUUAUUUGUUGCCUCUGCAAUUAACUUAGUUUAAAAAGUGAAUGAAAUUUCGGAAUUAUGAUAAUUAUGCAAAUACCUGUUUUAUAUCUUGCGUUUCACUUUAGAAAUGUGAUGAGUUGGUGGAUAAAGUCAGUGUGUAGUAACGAAACACAAGCAUACGUUUUUCAGUCUGAGUUUGUUUUCAUUACACCCCUUGGGUUUUUUUUUUAAAUAAAAAUCAUUUGUUGCUGGU